AUGUACAGCUUCGCCGUUUUCUCUUUGCUGUUGACAGCUUUCACUUUCUCCGGUGGAUCUGUCUUUGCUAUCAGGACAUGCGGAACCACGAUAUCCGAAGAAAAGCUGCUUGAUCAAGAGGCACAUUUUCGAGCCAACAAGGUCUCCAAAGAGAUCAAGUCCAAUGCUACUGCAACGGCCACAGUGAACCUCUACUGGCAUGUCGUUACCCAGGAUACCACUCUUGAGGGCGGAAACAUUCCCGACUCGCAAAUUGCAGACCAGAUCACCGUUCUCAACCAGGACUACGCGCCGUCCGGCCUCCAGUUCGUCUUGAAGGAGACGGAUCGCACGACCAAUUGGUAUUGGUUCAACGACGCCGGCCCUAACUCCGAUGCCCAGACGCAGAUGAAGCAACAGCUCCGGAAAGGAGGUGCUGCCGAUUUCAACGUGUACACCGUUGGAUUCACGGCCGCGCAGUUCGCAGGUCUCCUGGGAUACUCUACCUUCCCGGCAGACUACGCCGGCAACCCGAUGGACGAUGGUUCUGUUAUUCUAUUCUCGUCCCUCCCGGGCGGCAGUACCGUAGACUUCAACGAGGGCAAGACCUUGACUCAUGAGACCGGUCACUGGGUCGGGCUCUAUCACACCUUCAUGGGCGGCUGCACAGGCGUCGGCGACAUGGUCGACGACACCCCUCCGGAGGCGUCCCCUGCGAGCGGGUGCCCCACUGGGCGUGACACCUGCUCCAGCGCUGGCCUGGACCCUAUCAACAACUACAUGGACUACUCAGACGACAGCUGCAUGACCCAAUUUACGCCCGACCAAGGUGCACGCAUGGCCGACCAGCUUCGCACGUAUCGCGGCAUCGACAUCUGA